AUGAGAGCCUCAAUAAGACACAUAUGGAAACUAUCUGUUAUUGUUUUGUUGGCAGUCUAUACUCAACCAUCCUUCGCGGAGGAAAAAGCCUGCCCAGCUGAUCAUGCUGGUUCAUCGGAGACUGGUAGCAGACGCGAAGCCGCCGAGAUAAUACCACCAGGUAAUGGUGUCGGUGUCCCCCAAGUAACUGAGAUGAAUUGGCCAGGAAAAUGGGAGUUAUUCUUGAAGAACUCUGGCGUAUCCGCUAUGCACGCCAUUCUUAUGCCAAAUAACAACAAAGUCCAGUUUUACGAUGCAACCAUUUGGAGAAUUUCGAAGAUCAAGCUCCCUCCUGGUACACCUUGCCAUGUUUAUGACCAAAAGACAAAUGCCAUUGAUUGUUGGGCUCACUCCGUUCUUGUCGAUAUCGAAACCGGAGACAUCAGGCCUCUCUUGCUUUCAACGGACACAUGGUGUUCUUCAGGAGGUUUAACUGUAGACGGGACACUGGUCAGCACGGGAGGGUUCCAAGGAGGAGCAAACACAGCUAGAUACCUUUCCACCUGCGCCAACUGCGUUUGGAGAGAGUAUCCAAAGGCAUUAGCUGCAAGAAGAUGGUACUCAACACAAGCCACUCUCCCUGAUGGUACUUUCAUCGUUGUUGGAGGCCGUGACGCUCUCAACUACGAGUACAUCCUCCCCGAAGGUGUGGACAACAAGAAACUAUACGACUCGAAACUUCUUAGAGACACAGAUGAUCCAACAGAAAACAAUCUAUACCCAUUCGUCUGGCUCAACACCGAUGGCAACCUCUUCAUGUUCGCCAACAACCGUUCCAUCCUUCUCAGCCCGAAAACGAAUAAAGUCAUCAGAGAGUACCCUCAGCUCCCUGGUGGUUGUCGUAACUACCCUGGUUCCGCCUCCUCGGCUCUUCUCCCUAUCCGCCUCGAAGUCGAAAACCCUCCUGUCAUCCCUGCUGAUGUCAUUAUCUGUGGUGGUGCAAGACAAGACGCAUUCUACCGUGCUGAAACCAAGAAAAUCUACGAGCCAGCCUUGAAAGAUUGCCAGAGAAUCAGCCUCAACGAAAGAAACCCUGUGUGGAUCGCCGAGGCGAUGCCGACGCCACGUGUGAUGAGCGACGCUGUUCUCCUCCCCAAUGGUGAACUCAUAAUCAUCAACGGAGUAAAACGUGGAACCUCUGGAUGGGGUAAUGGUAGGGAUCCAAUUUUCGCACCAAUCAUGUAUACUCCAAACAAACCGCUAGGCCAACGUUUCAGAGAGCUAGCUCCUUCCCCUAUCGCCCGCGUCUACCACUCCAUCGCAGUGGCUCUCCCCGACGGUAAAGUCCUCGUAGGUGGAAGCAACACUAACGACGGUUACAAGUACGAUGUCAUGUUCCCAACGGAAGUCCGCCUCCAGAAAUACUCACCACCUUACCUCGACCCGGCUCUUGCAAAUUUGAGGCCAGCUAUUGUGACCACGGCUACACCGAAACAGAUCAAGUAUGGAGCAAGGUUUGACAUAAGGAUCGCCCUUAACCAAAACGAUGUGACGAAGGAGAAUGUUCUUGUUACAAUGUUGGCACCACCGUUUACUACACAUGCUGUGUCGAUGAACAUGAGGUUGCUAAUGUUGGGUAUCUUUGAUAUCAAGAAAGAGGUUCGUGAUCUUCAUCAGAUCCAUGCCGUUGCUCCUCCCAGUGGAAACGUUGCUCCUCCUGGCUAUUAUCUUCUCUCUGUUGUCUACAAGGGUGUGCCAAGUGUUGGAGUAUGGAUUCAAAUCGUUUGA